AUGAACAAGCUGGAAUUCGAUAAUUCUGACAAACAGGUAAAUGUUUUACUUCAGACUGAGCCAGACGAGCAGCAGAUUUUAUCCCAAGGUAUGGACCCCGGAUCGGAAGCUCUUCACGUCCUUAACAAAACAGCCCCCAAUUUGAGUUACAGGGAAGCUCUUCACGUCCUUAACAAAACAGCCCCAAGUUUGUGUUACAGGGAAGAUCUUUAUGUCCUUAACAAAACAGCCCCACAUUUGAGUUACAGGGAAGCUCUUCACGUUCUUAACAAAACAGCCCCAAGUUUGUGCUACAGGGAAGCUCUUCAUGUCCAUAACAAAACAGCCCCAAGUUUGUGUUACAGGGAAGCUCUUCACGUCCUUAACAAAACAUGCCCAAGUUUGUGUUACAGGGAAGAUCUUUAUGUCCUUAACAAAACAGCCCCACAUUUGAGUUACAGGGAAGCUCUUCACGUUCUUAACAAAACAGCCCCAAGUUUGUGCUACAGGGAAGCUCUUCAUGUCCAUAACAAAACAGCCCCAAGUUUGUGUUACAGGGAAGCUCUUCACGUCCUUAACAAAACAUGCCCAAGUUUGUGUUACAGGGAAGCUCUUCACGUCCUUAACAAAACAGCCCCAAGUUUGUGUUACAGGGAAGCUCUUCACGUCCUUAACAAAACAUGCCCAAGUUUGUGUUACAGGGAAGCUCUUCACGUCCUUAACAAAACAGCCCCAGGUUUGUGUUACAGGGAAGCUCUUCACGUCCUUAACAAAACUGCACCAAGUUUGUGCUACAGGGAAGCUCUUCACGUCCUUAACAAAACAUGCCCAAGUUUGUGUUACAGGGAAGCUCUUCACGUCCUUAACAAAACAGCCCCAAGUUUGUGCUACAGGCAAGCUCUUCAUGCCCUUAACAAAACAGCACCAAGUUUGUGUUACAAGAAAGCUCUUCCUGUCCUUAACAAAACAGCCCCAAGUUUGUGUUACAAGAAAUCUUUUCAUAUCCUUAACAAAACAGCCCCAAGUUUAUGUAACAGGGAAGCUCUUCACGUCCUGAACAAAACAGCACCAUGUUUGUGUUACAUGGAAGCUCUUCAUGUCCUUAACAAAACAGGCCCAAGUUUGUUUUACAAGAAAGACUUUCAUGUCCAUAACAAAACAGCCCCAAGUUUGUGUUACAGAGAAGCUCUUCAUGCCCUUAACAAAACAUGCCCAAGUUUGGGUUACAGGAAAUCUCUUCACGUUCUUAGCAAAACAUUCUCAAGUUUGUGUUACAAGAAAGCUCUUCAUAUCUUUAACAAAACACUCCCAAGUUUGUGCUACAAGGAAACUCUUCUUGUCUUUAACAAAACAGCCCCAAGUUUGUGUUACAGGGAAGCUCUUCAUGUCCUCAACAAAGCAACCCCAAUUUUGUGUUAUAGGAAUGCUCUUCAUUUCCACAACAAAACUCUCCCAAGUUUGUGUAACAAGAAAGCUCUCAUCCUCCUUAACAAAACGCUCCCAAAGAAGUUGAAGUAG